UUGAAAUUUAAUAAAUUUUUAUCAAUGCACUUUCUUUUACCUCUUAAACUUUUCUCGAUCAAAAAAAAAGAAUUAUCCAUUUUUUUACCCAAAAACUUUACUUUUUCGUUUAACCUAGCAAAACAUACAGCCGCCACUGUAAUUCAAGCACGCCGCCGGUUGCACCACCGUGACGGCAUCACCACCGGCCAUGAUUAACCACCUAGGUACGUGCGUAACCACAUGAAUGAUUGCUUUGUACUGUCACGUGUAGCCAAUCCAUGCAAGUGUACCAACAAUGCGCCCUUGCCGUAGAUUCGUUCUUCGUUUCUUCCCUAUUCUAAACCAAUUUCGUUCAGUAUCUUCUUCACCGCAAGAACUUGAACAUGCUCUUAGAGCUAUAGUAGAAUCCAAAAACUAUGUUAAAAUUCCUGAUUUCAUUACCACUGAAUUCUCACAAUCCCAGUCCCAAAUUUCAAACCCUUUCUCCUUUUUAUCUUCUUUUCCGCAUAAUUUACAAGUGCAAAUGGUUGAUGAAAUGUUGCAGUCUUUUAUUCCUAUCAGACCACGCUAUAAACCCAAGCUAGCUUACUCUUACCUUUUGUCUUACAUUCUCCAAAAUUCUCAGCCAUUCAACUUCCCUCUUGCACUUGCUGUUCUGCAACGAACUCUGCGUUCUGGUUGCUUACCAGUUCCUCAGACUCAUGUUCUCCUCUCGUCUGCUUGGCUUGACCGGCGGCGAUGUCGGUUGCAAUCUGUAGCGAAUGUUUUACUUGAGAUGCAAUCAAUUGGAUAUUAUCCAGACUGUGGUACUUGUGGCUAUAUAGUUUCAUCUCUUUGUGCUGUUGAUCAAUUAGCGGAGGCGGUUAAUGUUGUGAAGGGUAUGAGUGGAGCAGGAUGUAUUCCUGAUUCGAAUAGUUUUGGGGUUGUGAUUAGUGCAAUGUGUAGAGUUAGAAGGACAGUUGAUGGUCAGGAUUUAAUGAAGGAAAUGGUGGUGGAAUAUGGGUUGACACCGGAUCAUGGAACGGUGGUGAAAUUGUUGGCUGCUUUACGGGCGAACAAAGAGAUAUGGAGAGCGGUUGAGGUGAUUGAGUUUCUGGAGAAGGAAGGAAAUGAUGUGGGAUUUGAGAGUUAUGAGUUGGUGAUUGAAGGUUGUUUGGAGGGACGUGAAUAUGUUUUGGCUGGGAAGGUUGCGAUGUGGAUGACUGAACGAGGUUUUAUACCGUAUAUUAAGGUGAGGCAGAAGAUAAUUGAUGGGUUGGCGAGCAUCGAUGAGUGGAAGAUAGCUUGUGCUGUGAGACAGAGAUUUGCGAAACUUAAGUCUUAGCUGUUAAAUUAUUUACAGCGAGCAGGGUUCGGUUUUUAAGCUGAACAAUUGCAAAGACACGUACUUUCUGUGUUAUGGUGUCAUUGUUUUUUUCUCAAUGGCGAAUGCUGAGAUAGAGGACUGCAGCUCUAGGAUCGUAGAUUUGCAAAUCAUUUGGAGGUCAAUUUUCCUAGCAUGCUGUUUAAAUCUUGACAGGGUAGGUAGCAUCCAUGGCAAUGCCACAAGUUCCAUCUUUAUCCUUAAUAUCACGCUUCAUCCUAACAUAACCCGAUUCACCCCAGUCGUUUGCCCAUGAAUUCUUCACAAUCCAAUACUUUUCACCAUUUUCUUCUCCAUACCCAACUAUAGUCAUGGCAUGAUUGAGGUUCUUUCCACAACUUCCUGAGAAGACACCUUUUGAAUAAAAUUGAAAUGCAUAGCCCCCGGCAUCGGUUGCAACAGAAACAGGCUGAUGGGAAACUGCAGCUUUUAGCAUUUUCUCGUUACGAGCAGGGCUUGAACUUGCAGUUAUCCAUAGAUUGCACGCGAAGACAAGAUUAAGGAUAACAAUGCUUAAUAUUAUAGUUGUUUUCAUCUCUAGUUUUUAGUGCAUAUAGUGAUUGAUAGCAUUAGCAUGAAUUGAUAUAUUUAUUAUCAUAAACAAUAUACAUUAGUUCUUAAUGUCUUGUUUAUUUUAUUUAUUUAUGCAUGCAUUACGAUGCAUGUUAAUUUCUGUUGUUUAAGAGACGUUUCAUUUGCAUAUUUAUGUACAUUUAUCUCCAUGUGUUUGGUGCUCGAGAGUUUUAACAAGACAAGAAUUGUGUA